AUGCUCCUGCUCCAUCAGACUGGCGCCGUGAGGGUUGGUGAGGUCGUAAGAUAUACCGUGACUUACACACCCAGCCUCGACCGCAUCCUCCCGCCCCCUACACAAUUACAUGUGAAAAUAAAGAAUACGGUCGCCGCGCCUCUUCGCGCUGCCUAUUUACAUGGUCCUUAUACUCUCUACGUGGCAUGCUAUCCCUCCACUUUCGAUCCCUACAAGAAACACCAAGCUGCCCUGACGGAAGGAGCCCCGGACUUUGAACCGCAGCUGAAAGCCGGUGGACAAUGGAAUGCGAAACUCACAGUCCCCGAGCAUGUCAGGGAAGAUGCCCAGAGGCAGAGUAUAGAUGUGAGGGGCGGAGACAGAGGAGGAAGGGAGAGAGAGAGCUUUACCUGGAUCAUCGAGAUAGCUUCGCAGGUGAUUUUUUCUAAAACAGCUAGCGUUGACUAUGAGGUCCUUGUUGGACGUGACGAGAAGUCCGUUGAGCUGGGGUUCCACGGUGUCAUCGGAUCCGGGCCAGGUGCGCCCGGUCGACUCGAAGAUCAUCAGCAAUCUCGUUCUCAAAAACCGCACAACCCGCACCAUCCGAAGGGCGUCUUUUCUAAGGCUAUCAGGUUGGUGGUGGAUGACACCCACAGUCUCUGGAACACCCCUCCGUUUCCUCAAUGGGAGAAAGAAGACAGCGGGAAACCCAAAGUGCGAGUGGAACAAGGACCCCGACAUGGUGACAAGAGGGAUGCCGACGCGAAACCGGAGAAAACACACAACAAGCAGAAGAAGAUCCACUUGGUCCUGCUCACCCAUGGUAUUCACAGUAAUGUGGGCGCGGAUAUGCUGUUCAUGAAGGAGAGCAUUGAUACGGCCGCGAAACAGGCGAAGAAAGAUGCGAAAAGAAGACGAGCCGAGGUCAGGGCACGACGUGUGACACGAGAGAAUGAAUUUGGAAGAGAUGCUCUGGGGCAGCGGUCAACAUCCAUGCCGGACAUUACAAAUACAGGUGGCCCUUCCUAUGGAGCUGCCAAUCCUAAUACCGCUGAGGAGAAGUGGGACGACGAGGACGAGGACGAUGGAGACGAAGAAGAAAUCUACGUGCGAGGGUUCACCGGCAACACCAUGAAGACCGAAAGAGGGAUCCAGUAUCUCGGGAAACGUUUGGCAAAAUACGUCCUCUCCAUAACCUAUCCGGACCAACCAUAUCUGCCCGUAAAAUCGUCCAUGGGGAAAUCGCUCUCACAAUCUCUAGCCUCGUCGUUGUCGAACAAACCCAGCCCGCAAGACCAAGGUAGCACGCUACCGGCGCAUAAAAACAGCAGCAUUAUCAAAGACGAAAACCACCGUGCUCACAAUCUACCCUACCGCAUCACCUCCAUUAGUUUCAUCAGUCAUAGUCUAGGCGGGUUAAUCCAGACCUAUGCCAUCGCCUAUAUCCAGAAACACUCUCCCGAAUUCUUCAACCUCAUCAAACCGAUCAAUUUUGUCGCCAUGGCUACACCGUUCCUGGGAUUAAGCAAUGAGAAUCCCAUAUAUGUAAAGUUUGCGCUGGACUUUGGGUUGGUUGGGAGGACGGGCCAGGACUUGGGUCUGACCUGGAGGCCACCGACCUUGGCGAAGAGCGGUUGGGGAGCGGUAGUGGCUGGAUUCACGAAUGAAUCGAACAAAGGCGGUCUGGGUAAAGAGUCUGAUCCUGGAGCGAAACCGUUGCUGAGGAUUCUCCCGACGGGUCCAGCGCAUAUGGCGUUGAAGAAGUUCCGAAAUCGCACCGUCUAUUCAAACGUGGUCAAUGACGGGAUUGUGCCCUUGAGAACGUCCUGCUUACUGUUCUUGGACUGGCGAGGCCUGGGUCGGGUGGAAAAGGCCAGGCGGGAAAGCGGUCUGGUAGGGACGAUGGUGGGAUGGGGCUGGGCUGAAAUGACAGGCCAAAAUGCCAGCGACCCUAGAAAGGCGCUGACCUGGAACAAUUUGUUCAGCGAUAGCGGCGAGGAUGCGGCCAGUCACAAGUCUGGCAUAUCGUCCCCAGACCCCGAAUCGAAAGUCCCGCAAGCAGAGACGAGCGAAGGCUUUGAUCACUAUCAGCGGGCGACGGAGCCCGAGGAGAGUCAAUUCCUGGAAAAACAGGAGAGCCCGCCUUCGGAACGGCCGACGAACCCAGCAGAAGUGAGGUCAACUGCGGCACCAAAUCUAUGGACAGAACUGUUGAAUUUCUUCAAGCCACAAGCAGGACAGCGAAAGUCACCACCAGGCAGUCCACCCAGAAGUCCGAGGAAGACGCAGAAAAUCUAUCGGAGGGGACAGACGACGCAUCACCAGCAAGAACAAGAAGAUCCAGGCGAAGCUUCACGAGAAAUCCCCCAAGCAGAGAGCUAUGGUAACGCUCGGAAGGGUCCCGUCCGGGGCGCAUCACUCUACACCAACAGUUCCCAGGACGGCGGUACCGGAGACGUCGAAACGCCUCCCAAAACUACCUUCUUUGAAUCAGCCGGAGACCUUCUCAAUCCCCCGCUACCUCCUAAGGACUUCAUCCUCGACCCUGCCGCUCGACCCAGGACGAUCUUCCAUGACCGUGUCUAUCAUCCAGAAGACAUUCCUCCGCCGCCAGCAAAACGCCAGCGAACUUUUGGAAUCAAGCGCUCCACAUCAAGCCUCGGAUCUCAAUCCUCAUCCUCUCCCCUCUCAUCAGGGCUGACUUCACCUCCUGAUCCUCGCCGGCCUGUCUCGGGCCACUCUCCUUAUCCACCACCGAAUACAAACCAGACGCCGCACCAAUCUCAGGUUCAAGAUGUCGGCGGCAUGAAGAUCGAAGAGAAAAUCGCCCGUGCCUACCACAAAGACCUGUCGUGGCGCAAAGUUUUGGUGCGACUCGAACCUGAUGCGCACAACAACAUGGUAGUCCGCCGCAUGUUUGCUAAUGCGUACGGGUGGCCGGUUGUACAACACAUGUGCGACACACAUUUCGGCUACACGGCAGCGGCAAGAACAAAGGAUGAAGAUGAAGAGAACGUGGAAAGGGCAAUGGGACGAGAUGAAGCUAUUCCUGGCGAAGACAGAUGUGGAGAAAGUGUUAAGGGCCAGCGGGACCUACCUGAGGAGGAGGAGAAGGAGGAGGUUAGAGGAGUUGGUGAAGGUGAUGAAAAGAGGGCGAAAACAACUGAUAAUAUCAACAUCACAGAGGCAAGUCCGACAGAGGUUGCGGACAUGCAUGCCGAUUUGCAGAGAUUACACACAGCGUGGAAAGUGCGUGAUCGCGACAAGCAAGUCACUCCCACCAGACGUGCAUCGAGGCGUACCGAAUCCGAGAUCCGCGAGGCUCGAGAUGACGUUUCUGAGCUGGUGUCCCUCGUUAGUGCCACAGGUGAGAGCAGCUACAAUGGCAUGAACUCCAGCAAGGCCGCGCUGUCGAGGCUCGUGAGGCAGGACAGUGCAAGAUGGAGCGAUCGAUUCUUCGACGGGAGUGAGGAUGGUGACGAGGAAGACGAAGACGAUGAGGGAGAAGGUGGGUUGCGCGAGGCGAUGAGAAAAGCAAAGUAUCGAGGUGAAUUAGAUCGGAUGUUCAACAUUGAUUUCGAUGUCGACUCGGCCGACGAGGGGACGACGAUGACGAAGCUUGUGGACGGACCUUUGACGGAGAGUCCGGAAGGUACGAAGUUGAGCAAGCCCAAGAAAGGAAAAGAAAGGGAGGACGAUGGAUCAUCGGCGUCUGCGAGCAAGCACGGGCAUAUCCUAACCGAUCCACAAGCGCCCUUCUCAGCGGAACCGGCUGAAUUGGAACAGCUGUCGCAUUCUUCGCCGGGCACGAACACGCCUCCACGCCAUAUCAGUGGUGCGGAGGUGAAGGCGGAGGAACAGCUAGGGCCUGAAUCCAUCCCAUCACAGAGUACUGGCGCGGGAUUGGGACUAUCUCUAGGUGAGAAUGUCGAUGAGAGAUGGCGACGAGAGACAAGGCCUGGGACUAAAACUGUGGGGGAAUCUGCCGGUGGCGUGGCGCAACAGGUCGCCUUAGCCACGAAGAGAAGUAAAGAGAAGCAGAAACAGAAGCAGGAGUCCUGA